UCCCCGUUAGUGUCUUGUCAUUCUAUUCCUGGUAAACCUACCAAACUAAUUUCGCUGCCGUAGAACAUGUGAUAAUAGUCAUUCAUUAGACGAAAAACCAUCGUUUUCACCAGAAAAUGGCUAAAGUCUGGAUUAUAUUUUGUAACACAAAAGAAUGUUAAAAAAUUUUAAGCAAACGUCUUGAAUUCAGAAAACAGAAUUUUCUAUAAAAAUGCUGUUCAAGAUUUGUUAUCAGGAUUGACACAUCUGUAGUUACACAAGUAAGAAGACGGUUUUUAAUAUUUAUAAUGGACAAGAAUGAGUGUUUUAAAUUCAUCAUUUUCAUCUUCAUUAGUACCGAGAUCUUCACAAUCAAGGCAUUGGUAGAAAGUACUAAUUCAUCGGAACUGCAGAACUCUACAAUUGCAGCUAAAUUAGUAGAAUAUGAUAGUGAUGCAUCUCUAGCAGAAGAAAGAAUACCUGAUUUGUACUAUGGAAAUGGAGUGUCAAAUAAUAGUGAGGAAGAAACAGUUAGCCAUAAAUCAAAGUCAAUCCCUCAUGCUCCAGUAUUCAUUACUAAUUUUACAGAAUCUGAUGUUAAAGCAGAAAUAAACUCUGUUUUGUAUCUAGAAUGUCCUGCUGAAGGAUUCCCUUUGCCUAAAAUUAUUUGGUAUAAAGAUGGUUCUCUAUUACAGGAAAAUAAGGAUGUUCAUAUUAACACAUGGUCUUUGAAGAUAGAAAAUAUAGCAGAAAGUGAUACUGGUGAAUAUAUGUGUGUUGUAUUAAAUAGUGAAGGUGCAAUCAACUUUAAUUUCACAGUAGAAGUAGUUGAAGGAAUUCCUCGACCACCAGUAUUUACGAAGUACAAUCGGAUGAUCCAAUUUGUUGUAAAGCCAGCUGGUUCUACUGCAGUGUUAAAAUGUCCAGCUGAUGGCUACCCUGCUCCAGAAAUAAUGUGGUACAAAGAUGGCAAAGUCAUAAAAAAGGAUGAUCGUAUACGUCUUCAAAAAUGGUCUCUAAAACUUGAGCAUGUUACUGUUAGUGAUGAAGGAAUAUACACAUGUGUUGUUUCAAAUAGUGAAGGCAGUGUUAAUUUUAAUUUUACAAUGGAAGUGGUUGAAAGAGUGCCCCAUCGACCUAUUAUGAUAGAAAACUAUCCUGGAAAUCAGACAGCAUAUGUAGGUGAAACUGUUGUCUUUGAAUGCAGAUUCAUUAGUGAUUUGCACCCAGUUGUUUUAUGGAUAAAAUAUAUAGAACCAUCUAACUCUUUAGACUCUGAUGAUGAUUAUGUACCAAAAGUAAAAUAUGCCAAAUCAAAUGAUCCUAAUAACACCGAUCCAACAUUUCUCAUCUUGCAUAACGUUACAUUUGAAGAUGCUGGCUGGUAUGGAUGUAUGGCCUCAAAUACUUUAGGAAAUUCUACACAAAAUGCAUACCUUAAUGUCCUGCCUUUAGAAGAGAAAAAAAAGAAACCACCCCUUUUACUGAUUGGAUUGAGUGUAGUUCUUGGUGUUUGUCUGCUGUCAGUAAUAUGUUUUGCUUUGUAUUAUCGUCGUUUGAAAGAAGAAAAAAGAUUAAGGUUGCUUCAGUCUGGCAAACCUCUGAAUAUGUUUUUAAAGAAGAGAGUUGUUUUAAUCCCUCAGUCAUCUGGAAGUUCCACAAAUUUAGCUGCUCCUCUUGUUAAGAUUCAAGCCUUUGAUCCUAGUUAUGAAAAUUCUGCUGGAAUUUCUGAAUACGAAGUUCCUUUGGAUCCUGCUUGGGAAUUCCCAAGGGAUCAAUUGGUGUUUGGGAAACCCCUUGGUAGAGGGGCUUUUGGUCAAGUAGUUCAGGCUGAAGCGAAAGGCCUCAAUGGUGAGAAAUCAACAACUGUUGCUGUUAAGAUGUUAAAAGAUGGUUAUACCGAUCAAGAUUUAAUUGACUUAAUAUCUGAAGCUGAGAUGAUGAAAUUGGUUGGGAAGCAUCCAAACAUAAUCAAUUUAUUGGGUUGCUGCACUCAGAAUGGGCCAUUCUAUGUUAUUGUGGAAUAUGCUGCUAAUGGAAAUUUACGAGAUUACCUUCGAAACCAUAGGCCUGUCCCUGGCUAUGAAGUUUCUAACACACAAAAAGAUUUUAUGAGUGAAAAGAAUUUAUUGUCAUUUGCUUAUCAAGUGGCUAAAGGAAUGGAAUAUUUAUCCUCGAAAAAGUGUAUCCAUCGGGAUUUAGCGGCUAGAAACGUCUUAGUGAUGGAAGAUAAAGUUCUGAAAAUUGCAGAUUUUGGUUUUGCUAGAGAUGUUCAUGAAAGUGAUUAUUACCGUAAAACAAAGAAUGGCUUGCUUCCUAUCAAAUGGAUGGCUCUUGAAUCCCUUAUAGAUAGACUUUACACUACCCAGAGUGACGUGUGGUCUUUUGGUGUUUUACUGUGGGAAAUUAUGACUUUUGGAGGAAUGCCAUAUGCAAGUGUUCCUCCUGAAAAACUCUUUAACAUGUUAAAAAAUGGCCAUAGGCUGGAGAAACCUUCUAAUUGUCGCAUGGAAACUUAUCUUUUGAUGCUUGAAUGUUGGAAUGCUAAUCCCAGUGAAAGACCUACUUUUUCUGCUUUAGUUAGGAAAUUAGAUACUGCUGUUAUGGAGUCUUCUGAUGUUACCUACAUUUGCCUUGAUUAUGUGUACACCACCGAUACAUCAGAGAGCUCCAGUGAAGAAGAAUCUGAGACUGCUCAAGUUUAACUUUAUUCAGAAAUUCAAAAGGCAUUUUUUUUUUUUUUUUUUUUUUUUUUAACUAUUGAGAGUGCCACUGAGAGGGUGUUGUGCUCUAUUAACUGUGCAAUUUCUUCUAGUUAUUUUUAUAGAAAGCCAAGGAUAAGAGGAAAACCUUGAAAUAGUUGCCUAAUGUAGUAACUUUUACUCUGAGAGUAAAGUACUAUUAGGUGCUAUGUUGAUACGGGUCAUGAAAAUAUUGUCAAAACAUGAACUUUGAUACAUGAAGAAAAACUGUUAUUUUAUCUUUUUAGCUUUCUUUCAGUCUUAACAGUGCAAUUUAACAUAACUAUGAAGUGAUAGAUUAACCAAAGAUGUUAGAUUCCUUAACAAAAAAUUAUUAUUUACUGAAUGAUAAUACUUUAUUUACUUUUGUCAUAAUUAUAUAUUAUAUUCAAGAAUUCUCAUAAUUUAACGAUUUGUUAAUUUCUGAAAAAUUUUGUUACUUUCUUGUGCAAUUUAUUUUAUUGUAAAUGGUAGGAUUCUGCUAUAUGUCUUGCAUCAGAUUUCAAAUGAAGGUGAUAGUUAGGAAUACCGAGUUCAAUUUUAUUUGUGUCUAUAAUAUAAAAUAUUUGUACAUUUUUGUUGCAAGUAUUAUGUUUUUCUAAUUUUGCUUGGUGAAUUUAGGACAAUGAAAAACAAUGGUAUUGACAUGUAUUAACUGACUAAUUAUUUCUUCAUUUACUUCAAUAGCCUAAGAAAUUCAAAUAUUGUUACCUUGCCCUGAAAUCGUAAUAAUUAUGAAUACCAUAUGUAUAUCAUAAUUAAUUAAAUCAUUCAAUAUAAAUUAUAAGAUUCUUACUUUUCAAGAAAGGAAUAAACAUUUUCUUUUUCUGACUCAGUAAAAAGAACCCCACUUAAUUAUCAUUCACAAAAAAAAAAAAAAAAAAAAAAAAAAAAUCUGUUUUUGGGAAAGAAGAAUGGAGGUGGAGGGGGAUGACAUAAUUUUUUGAUUAAUUGAUUGCAGAAUUCAAUUUUGGAAAUCUCAUAUUAUUCUUGAAUUGAAAUGAAACUGUUUUAGCUAAAUUAUAGGACCCUGCUGUAAAUUUUUAGUAAAAGGAGGCAAGCUGACACUUUAUUAUUCCGAAAAAAAUUAGUUUAAUGUUAGUAAAUUGUUAAGUUUCAAAAGAGCAACACUUUAUUAUUCCGAAAAAAAUUAAUUUAAUGUUGUUAAAUUGUUAAGUUUCAAAAGAGCAAUAAAAUAAAAUUCACGAAUAAGGUAAAUAAUUCUAUUCUGUUGAUUAUUCAAUAUAAUAUUAAUUUUUUUAAAAGGUAGGAAGUUUUCCUUUAUAAAGGCAUAUUAGUAAAUGUACAUCCAAAAGGCCAUAUUUAUUAAUUCUUGCAAAAGUAUAUUAUUUUACUAUAGGAAUAUACAUAGCAAAACUCCCAAAUGAAUUUAGUUUAACCUAUAUAAUUGUUGAAUGCAUUUAACUGAUUCAUUACUUCAUGACAAGUUUCAUUUUUCAUUCAUGCAACUUCUACACAUUAUGUAAAUAUAAAAUCUUAGGAAGGACUUUAACCUGAUUUUGAAGUCAUCUGUAAAAUGAUUUGCAGCCAUUUUCAUUGUGUCAUUUCAUAAUUCUUAUUUUAUUGACUAUCUCAUUGUUGUGUGUGUAUUUGAUAUGGAUCAAUUUUAUAGAUUUUAUUGAAUUAUAGCUGGUGUUUUGAAGAAUGUUUGAUGUUUAUUUACCUGAAUUUCAGCACAAAAGUAUGUGAAUGGCCAAGAUUAGUGUGUUUUUGUUAUACAUAUAAUUAACAAUGCUGCCAUCUGUGAUAAAAGUGUAAUCGAUCAAUAAGGUAAAGAAAUGAAUCUCAUAAUUGUAGUUACUUAGUUUGUUACUUUUUUCCUUUGUUUUUUAAUGUAGAGUAUAGUUAAUUAGUUAGUGCAUUUAUUUAGUCAUUUAAUUUAGUUGUGUAUAUAUAUAUAUAAUAAGACAUUUAAGUAUCAAUUUAUUCAUUUUUGGUAUUCCAACUUUUGUAGUCUGUGUUCAUGUAAAUAUGCUUGCCACUACAUAUAUAUUUAUAUUGCCUUUUUCAGAAAAUAUAGAUUAACUGUAGUAAUUGAAUUUCAGUUGUUUACCAUUUAAUAGAACUAAAGUUUUUUCUAUUAUAAUGAAAAUGAUUGAUUCAUAUCAAAAUUAAUUUAGAAUAUUUAUAUAUUUUUAAAAGAUCAUUGGUGCAAGCUACAGAUCCAAAGUAAUGUACUUUGUUAUAUAUAUUUUAAAAUCAAGAGUGCCAGAUUUCAGUAUUGAAAAUUAUGGAAACUACCUGUAUAUAUUUCUGAAAAGUAAUAAUUGAUGGACAUUUAUUAGAUUAAGAUAAAUGGGAUCGAAAAUUUUAUAUGGUUUAGUGAGAAUUAAACAGAAUAAUUUUUUUUAACCAGUACUUUUCCUAUAUUUUUUAAAAGAAAAUUAAUGCAGGAUUCUGAAAUGUACGUAUACAGGCAUACAUAGAUAAAAAGGGGGGGGGCUUGUCUUCCUAGAUUUCAAUGCUGCGCAUAAGAGAUUUGCAUCUGUGUACUCUAAUAUUCUUCAUAAUAUUAUUUAAAUUGAUUUUUAACUUUGUUUCUAAUACACAACUCAGUUUUCAAAAUAAGGAAAUAUUUUUAUUUGAUUUCCAAAACUUUAUCACUUUUGAAUAUUAGUUGACGACUACUCUGGGGAUUACUAUAUGAAAAUUUUAAUUUUUAUCUGUGCUUCAUUGAGUAAUAAAUCCGAAUGAUUCCAGGAAACUUUGUUACUUACCAGAAACUUAUCUAAGAUUGUAGAACAAAUUUUAUUGAAUGUCUCAUUUGUCACCUCUCAAUACUAAAAAAAAUUCUGCAAAAUCCUUUAGUAGCACAUAUUUGUUUAUCUAAAAAGAAUUUGCCAUAUUUUUUUUAUAAGUUUAAAUAUUUAAUUAUCAUAAUAUUGUUUAUUUUGUACUUUUGUAUCAGAAUAUAAAAUAAAAAAUGGAUUAAUUUCAUUGUACAGACUGUACUGUAAUAUAUACAGACAAAACCGAGAGCUGUGAAUUGCUUUAAUUUUACAAAAGUAAGUACAAAAUGGGUGACUUUUUUCUCAUGAUUUGAGGCAUUUAUUAAGCUUUCUAUGUGCCUUUUGUAAAUAAAGCCUAUAAUUACUGUUUCAAGCCUUGAACAAAUGGUGCUGUAUUCAUUAUCAUACAUUUAAAUUUCAUCCUUUCAAACUAGAUAUUUAAGUAUUCAUUUGUAGUUAUGUCAUAAUUAUAAAUUUUUGUUGUAAUUUCAUGUUAAAAAUGUGCAAGAUCUCUUCAGUCAUUAUUGCAUGAUCAUUUCAGCUGUUUCUAUCAUUUGGUCUUUUCCUGCUAAAGUGCAAAUUUUAAAUUCUUAAUCAUUUUGAUAGUCUGCAAAAUAUAUUUUAAUUGUUGAUAGAUUGCUUGUAUA